AUGGAUCCUAAAGCUAGGCGCGCUGUAAAUUUAAGCGUUUUGCGACGUCACGAUAAGAACAUUGUAGAAAUAAUAGAUGGCUCAAGUCAUGCAGUGGUAUAUAAAUUUGACAAUCAAACGACUUCUUGGACAAAAAAAGGAGUAGAGGGUACUCUUUUCGUUUUUAAAAGAUGUAUACAACCUGUUUAUGGCUUUAUCGUGAUGAAUCGACUUGGCAUAGACAAUUUUGUCGCACCAUUGACCGAUAACAUGGAUAUUGAACUUAAAAACACAUACAUUAUGUAUAAAACCGAUAAAGAUGAAAUUCAUGGUAUCUGGAUAUUCGAAGAGAAAGAUCGAGAUCGUAUAGUAAAUCAAUUAUUACUCUGUUGUAAGGAAUCAAAGACAGCAAUUCCACCACCACAACUUGUAGAAUCCCCUCAAAUACCAAAUUCAACAACGAUAGCAACAUCACCGCCUCAAUCUUAUGGUAGAUCAAUAGAUUUGCUUACAUUAUUCCAACAAGCCGGAACAAAGCAAACUAAUGGAAUUCAUCCAGAAACUACCAGUAAUGGUGUUAAUCAUAACACAACUAAUGGUACAAUAACUUUACGACAACCAACACCACCAUCAAACCAUGUAUCCGAAAGAGACAUAUUAAACGAAUUGUUCUUAAAGGCGAAUGUAAACGAGUCACGGAAAACAACACCACCUGCAACGUCGAAGAAUCUCUCGUCAACUAAUGGGCAACAACAACUGGAUGGCAAAUUAUUAUUGGAAUUGCUUCGUCAACCUGCUACACACACUCCGACACAACAGUCUAAAUCAACAAAUAACUCCUCAAAUCCAUUUCUCCUAACUCCUCCUCAAAAAUCUCUUUCGUCAUUACCAGUAAACUCAUUAAAUUAUAAUACCAACAACUCGAGUACUUCGUUUUUCCAGAAACUUUUAGAUAGUCAAUCACACACGACAACAACGUCGUCGACUUUGACUACGACGAUGUUGCCGCCUAAUUUACCAGUUUACACUACAAAAACAUCCUCAAAUUCAUUGAGUGGAGAAGCGCUCGCUUUAUCUCGAACACAGGCUCUUAAUGUGUCGAUUGCCUCUCUACCAAAAAUGACAAGAGGACAACAAAACCUCGUAGAUGGUAUUAGCAUCUUGAGCAGGAAUGAAUUUGAACAGCGUUACAUCCGGAUGGUUCAGAAUGAUCCAUCUUUUAUGGAUACACUCUACGAGAAUUAUGUGAUUAAUGUGCAGAAUACAAAUGGGAGAACUCGAUAA